GAAGUUAUUUACUAUGGACUUAUUGAUUGUUAUAUACUAAAAAUACGGCUUAAGUGGGAGGACGUUACACUAAACACGUGUUGUUAAUCAACCUAAAAACAUGGUCAAUACACUGUUGGAGCCAAUCAGAUUAAAAUGUGAGAACAAAAACAUUUUGUAGCUUACUUUGUCAUUGCAUAUUAACUCAAAUCCGUUAGAUUUGGUCAUAUCCAAGAAAAUAAUUCGCCUUGAUACAAGUGAUCGGUUGUAACAUAAGUAUUGCAUCUACAUAUUAUGUACAAUUCCAAUAGACUAAAAUAAUAUAUAUUUUCUGCCUAAUAUAUUCCCUUGUUUUUCUAUAUAUAUAUUUACACCUUCUAACUCACAACAGAAAGAAUGCUUCUUUUUCAUAACCAAGACAUGAUUAUAAACAACCAAAAUCUCUAAUUUGCUUCUAUCUUCUUGUCAAAUUACAGCAUAUAUAGGAAGUAGCAAAAGGUUUAAAAUAUUACAGAAAUGAUGAAGGAAUUCGAGUAUAAAGAGCUUGAAAAAGCCACAGAGAACUUCUCACAAUCAAGACUCAUUGGUAAAGGAAGCCAUGGAUGUGUAUACAAAGGCAUGUUAGAAGAAGAUGGUAAGAUCAUAGCAAUAAAGAAACAAUCAUUGGGACUUCAAAAAAUAGAAGACAACUCCAAGCUCGAGAACGAAGUAAGUGUUCUAUCGUCUUUGCCUGAAAACUCUUUCAUCGUUAACUUUCUUGGAACGAGUCGUCAUGACGGCUCGUCCAAGAACGAAACUUUUCUCAUCAUGGAGUACUUACCAAAUGGCACCCUUUACCAAAUGCUUCAUGCACAAAAUAAUAUCCUUCCUAAUUGGCCUAAACGUGCCCAAAUAGCCAUUCAAGUUGCUAAAGCGAUCCAAUUUCUUCACCAAGCUAAGCCUUCAUCAAUUGUUCAUAGAGAUAUAAAGUCUGCCAAUAUUUUGUUUGAUUCAAAUUGGAAUCCUAAGUUGGCUGAUCUUGGACUUGCCCUAAGGAUGAAAAAUGAUUGUGAAAAUCAUGACGAUGAUGACUCACCAAGUCAUCGUUCGAUUCGACCAGCUGGCACGAUUGGCUACCUUGAUCCUGCUUACACCAAACCAAGCAAAUUAAGCACCAAAAACGACGUCUUUAGUUUUGGAGUACUGCUCUUGGAGAUUAUGUCAUCAAGAAAGGCUAUCGAUGUUUCGAAAUCCCCAGUUUCUAUAGUUGAUUGGGCAACAAAAUUGAUUGAAGAGGGACGUGCGUUGGAAAUUUGUGACAAAAGAAUGCAUGUGCCAUGGUACAUGGAGGCCACGAUAAAGAACAUGUUGAGCAUAGCCACACGUUGUGUCUCUCCAAAGAAAAUAAGUAGACCAUCAAUUGAAGAAGUUGUGAUGGAAAUGGAGAAUGUGAUAAUUGAGCCAAUUAGGUUUCCUUUAUGGAAUAUAUUAAGAGGCCUAACACUUUUGAGAAGGAAAAGAAAAAGAUGCAGAAACCAUUGUAGUAUUAUUACUACAAAUAGUGUUACCAAGACUUGUGCACAACAUGAAAGGAAGUUGUUGCUUAGGGAAAUAUUGGCUGAUAAAGUCACAGAGUAGAUGGGUUCAAUUUUUGGGUUUUCAUCGUUGAAUGCACUGUACGUUUGAUGUUUUUUUUGCAAUUUUACUAAUUUUAAGCCUAAAACAUAUGCUUUGUACAAAAAUUAGCUCGUUAUGUCGAAUCUUGUAAGAGAGUUGCCACAUUCAUUUAUGUUAUUGAAUGAUGAUGAGGAUAAUUU